UCUAGGUCUUGGCUUGGUUAUGGUUGUUUGGGCUAGACCUAUCGAUUUAUUUUAACUGAACGGCAAAGAUGGCUUCAACUUUUCUGCUGCUGCAUUAAGGCGUUUGAAUCCAGUUUAAUAAAGUUUGUCUGUUAAAAUCUUUAACAAGACAUUUUCCUACAUCAGAGAUCACUGAUCUCUGAUUUAUGUCUUGGAAUCAACUCAUCUGUGCUGCCUAAAUCUGUCUUUGGAUUUUGGUAGUGCAGUCUCAUCUCAGAAUUUCAUUUCAAAAGUUGAAGACACGUCUUGCUCAAGAAAGUGAAAAUAGUAUCAACUUCCAUAGUAUUUCAAAUCAGAAGGCAUUAGUGCUGCCAACUUGACAGCAGCAACAAUGAAUUAUGACAUGAACACUUACCCUGCCUACAAUAACUUUGAGACUUAUGGAGGUUCAGCUGGUGAGCAACAGUAUACUGGUGUAAAUCAAGCACCUGGUGCUUAUCCAUGGAAUGCUUCAGCUAGUGCUCCAGUGGCUAGUCAGAGUACUCCUGAACAGCCCUCACAGCCAUACGAUUAUAAUUAUGGAUAUGGCAACUAUUCAGGGGGCUAUCAAGAUUACAGUGAAGGCUAUGAUUACGGUUAUGAAGGUAGUUAUGAUCAAUGGAAUGCCACUACUAGUAACACAACUAUCACUAGCUCAGCAAAACCACCACAGAGGGGUGGUUAUACUCCAGCAGAAAGGGGCGGUUAUUCCCAAUCUGUGGCUCCAAAGAGAGGUGGUUAUGCACCAGCUGAAGUUCCUCAAAGAGGUGGCUUUGCGCAGUCUGCUGCUCCAGAAACAGGUGGCUAUGCACAGUCAGAUUCAUCACAAGCUGGGGGAUAUGCACAACCACCACCUCCACAAAGAGGUGGCUUUACACAACCACCACCUCCGCAAAGAGGAGGUUAUAUACAACCACCACCUCCGCAAAGAGGAGGUUAUACACAGCCACCACCUCCUCAAAGAGGUGGCUUUAUACAACCACCACCUUCACAGAGAGGUGGCUAUACUCAACCACCACCUUCACUGUUAGGGGGCUAUACACAGCCACCUCCUUCACAGAUAGGGGGCUAUGCACAACCACCUCCCCCUCAAAGAGGUGGCUAUGCACAGUCAGGAGCGCCUCAAGAAAGUGAUUAUACACCAGAGGCCACAGCACAGAGAGGUGGUUAUACACAAACACAAGGUUAUGAGUACGCUGGUCCAGCUGGAGAUAAUGGUGCUUAUGCUGGAGGCAAUGUUCAAGGGGAAGCACCUUUUGGAAGAGGCAGAGGAGUCGCUGGCAUGAGAGGUGGGGGUAGAGGCAUGGGAGCAGGUAGAGCAACUAUAGGAGAGCAAAACUGGGGUAAUGAUGGAGAUAAUGCUAAACCAUGGAAUGUUGGCAGAGGUGGUUUUAAUAACAUAGGCUACGAGGCAAAAAAGCCAUUUGGUUUUGGUAGUGGAAAUAGGGGUCGUGGUAGAGGAGGAAUGCAGGCUGAAACCGCCCACUCUAAUACUGGGUUUGGUCAUUUCGCCAACAACAGAGUUCCAAUGAAUCAAGAGUCAUUAAAUGCUAGCUCUACAACACAGGCAUUAAUUUCAAGAUGGAAAACAUUUACCAGAGGUUUUACAGAUUGUGGGAACGCUAUCUCCAACUUGGAAUGCUCACUCAAAGCUUCAAAGAUUAACAUCCUCCAAUUGCACUUUGAUUGCAAGUUUCUUUCUAAAUGUAACACCUACAGCAUCUUUACUGGCGUUCUUCAUAUCAAUAAAAUUGUUGACAACAAUGUAACUGAAUCUCUGUUUAUUGCCAGAGGGGUGGGUCUCAGCAAAAAGAGCGCAAAAAUGGAUUGUUAUGAGAAGGCUUAUAACUUGUUGCUAAACUGUAAUGUUCAAGACAUUGUGACUCAAAAGGACUAUGGGGAGGCCAAACUUUCACAAGAUGUUCAAACUUUGUACAAAGAAAAUCCUGAAGAGUUUUCUGAACUUUUAAAAAAAAGCAUCGCUUUGAUAGAAGUGGUAGUCCCUAAAGCAUCAGUAACUCCCAUCAAUUCUGGACAAGGAGCAAACCGUGGAAGAGGACACACAGGAAAUCAAGGCAUCAGUCGUGGUGGAACUCAAGCAAUGGGUCGUGGGGGAGUAGGAGUAAGUCGUGGGGGUCUUGGAAUAGGUCGUGGUGCAGGUCAAGCUAUGGGUCGUGGGGGUCCAGGAUUAGGUCGUGGUACAGGUCAAGCUAUGGGACGUGGAGGUGGUCUAGGUAUGGGACGUGGAGGAGGCCUAGGUACUGGACGUGGUAGCAGUCAAAGAGGGGGUCGUGGUGGAAGUCAAGGAGUAGGUCGUGGUGGAAGUCUGGGUACCAGCGGUGCUGUUAAUAAAGUAGCAGGUCGUGGUGGAAUUCAAGCAGGCAGUCGUGGUGGGUCCAUUGCAGGAAAGAAACGUGCUUCUAACACACCAUUAAGUGACGUUGAUGCUAAACGACCAAGAUUUUCAUUGGCACCAACGAAAACAGUUGGAAUUCUUAUGAAUCCUGCAGAUCCAUUAAUAGACAAACUAGCCAAGUUGAAAAAGUUACUAAAAGAAGAAGGGAUUACUAAGCUGCAUAUAGUUCCUAAAGUUGACCAAAUAGCCCAUAAGACCGCAAUAAAUAUUAAGAAUAUUUACAGGUUUCAAGAUGUUCCCAUUCUUGGGUUUGAGAGCAAAAUGCCAGUUUAUUGUGAAGUUUACUUCGAUGAUGUUUUCAUGGCUGAUGGAAUAGCUGAUUUCAAAAGAAAUGUUGCCAUGCAAGAUGCUUAUAACAAUUUGGCCACAGCUCUUUAUUCCCAACCACUGGAAGCCAUUGUUUCUUGUUCUAGAAUUUGGCAACCAUUUAUGUGCUCAGAUCCUGAUGUCUGUAAUGUAGUUACUAAGUGGCAAGGAGAAGAUAACAAUUCACUAUUGACCAGCAAUCUGACCAACAUGAAACAGAUGAUGCAGUCCAUGCCUGAUGUAACUAUUCCAAUAGAAAAAAUGGUACUCACUGAACAUGAAUCAGAUAAAGAUAUCCAAAAUAUUUUCAAGGCAUUAGAGCUUAGUGCCACAAGAAAUCUGAUGCUUUUAGAAUGUGAAAUUGUCAGAAACCCUGAUUUAAAAUUUACAUGUUCAAUCUCUUUGCAAGGCAGACUUUUAGCAAGUAGGACACAUGGAACAAAAAAUGGUGCUAAGCGUGUUUGUUCUGAAGCUGUAAUGAAUGAAUUAAAGAAAAAUAAUGAUUACAUAUUUGUUGCUACUGAGUAUAUUGGGAAGAAGAUCACCAAUCAAGAGCUGGUCUUAGAAGCAGCUAAAAAAAAGGCACUUGGAGAACCACCUGCUAAAGUUUUCUUCAAAAAAACAGAACACAAAGAUGGAGAAAAUGCUAAACAAGAUGUUGCAGAUGCAACAAAACCUGACUUGGAAAACAAAACUGACACUGAAGAAAUGAAAGCCCUUGUGCCUUGGAUGGCUGCAGUAAUGUAUGAUAUCAUUGAUGAUUAUUAUCAAAAGAUAACCCUUGAAGAUCUCAUGGUUAAUGUGACGGACAUGACUAAAAUACAGAGAGAUGUUGUAAAUGCAUGUGCUUCCAAGAUGGGCUUGCGUGUAAUUACCAAGCUGAAAACUCACACAGACAGUUCAUUACUGAGACGUACAGUCACUGCUCAAGAUAUGUGCAAAAUGUUGCAGUUGCAUGGUGGUCAGUCUGGAAGAUACAAAUUGGUGACGUGCAAAAAUAAAUUAUCAGAGGUGGAAAAAGAAAAAUUUCGAGCUGAAUGCCUGCAACAACACCAGAAACUGGUGGACGCUCGAACAAAUGAUGACCCUGAUGCUCAGCCUACAGAGCCUACACCAGCCCCAAUCAAAAGCACAGUAAGACCAGCUGCUAAAACUGCUCCAGCCACUAAAACAGGAACAGCACCUAAAAUAAGGCCAGGCUCAACAUAUCGCCCUUUUCGUCCACAAUCCAGACCAGCUUUUAGAGCUCCUCAUCACAUGCAAGCAUUUAAUCGUCCUAUGCCUCUGAUGAGUUCCCAUCUUCAUUAUGGACCACCAAGAAUGCCUAGAUUUCCAUUUCCUAGAUUUUAAACUUGUUUUUUUAAAACGUGGAA